AUGAGGCAUUGUGCAAAGGGUGGGUUUCUGUCAGUGAAGAUGGGGGCUAUUGGCACCAAUCAAGCAAGCGACACAUUUUGGAAGCGUGACGUGUAUGCGAAAACAAUAUUUAUUAAUGAUAAUAAGCCUCCAAAUAGGCCUUUCAAGUUGUACCAUGCUUGGGAAAUCUUAAAAGAUUGCCCAAAGUGGAACGAUAUAAAUGAGCCUCCCACACAACGUUCUUAUGGAGCUAGUGAAAGUAUGGUGAAUUUGGAUAACGAUGCAGACGAAAUCACCAUGCCUAGUCCAAGGCCUGAGAAGGCGAGAUAA